UUGAAACUUUCAAAAUGGCGGAGCUGGACAUUGGAAAACAUUGCGAGGUUGAGUCUUGUAGUCAGAAAGACUUUCUUCCAUUCGUGUGUGACCAUUGCUCUGCAGUGUUCUGCCUUGAGCACAGAAGCAGAGACUCCCAUUCUUGUCCCGAGAUUUCAGUGAAAAGGGACAUUUCUGGUUCGGGAAGCAGUACAUCAUAUCCGUGCACAUUUGAGAACUGCAAAGGCAGGGAGCUCCUACCAGUUGUUUGUCCACAGUGUCAGAAACACUUCUGCCUUGCUCACCGUCAUCAGGAUGACCAUAAGUGUGAGAAGUUGGAGACACCUAAGCCUCGAAUGCUGGCAACACAGGAACUUGUGCAAAAGAUAGUAGAGUCGAAGAAGAGUGCGCCUACAAGUAAAGGCAGAAAAGGGGCAAAGAAUAGUGCUACUGCUGCUAAAGUUGCCCUUAUGAAGUUAAAGCUACAUGCUUCUGGAGACAAAGGACUGCCACAGACAGAGCGGACCUACUUUCAGGUGUUUUUGCCAAAAGAAGCUAACGCUUCCAGUCUACCCAUGUUCUUCAGUUCUAAAUGGAGUGUGGGUAAAGUGGUGGAUUCUGCCUCAUCUCAGGCCAGCCUGAAGAACAACAACAAUGUCCUCACAGCCAGGAAACUGCGGCUUUGUCACCCUGAAACUGGUGAGGCUCUCAAAAUGGAUGCCAGUCUCCAGUCACUGCUCUCACUUCCACACUCUCCUCUCUACAACGGGGGCAAUGUCAUCUUAGAGUACCUGGAUAACGAAAGCCCUGGAGUUGAAGACGUCACUGCAUACUUCCCCUCCUCUUGAAAAAUCAAGAUCAACCUAAGUCUAUAGGAUCUAAACCAGACACAAGCUGCACAAGUCAGUGAAUCAGUGAGUCUACUUCAGAAGCUGAUGACCAGUGGCAGGGCUCCCUGAAUCAGAAGUGCAGGACACUGAAUGCUGGCAGCUUUUCAGAGGGCUCUGAAUGAGUGUUUUUUGUUCUGUUUUUUAUUGAUGGAGGAUAAGAAGAAAAUAAAUAAUUGUGUAACAUUAAAUCAUCUAUAUAUACUUAA